AUAAGUAAAUUCGAGGUGUGUGUUUAUUGGGUAGAAUGGCGUGACAAAACGGUCUAUUGCUUUUUCCUCACAUUUGCAACAUGCUGGGGUGAUGUGGUUGUAGUCAAGUCAGUAAGAGCAGCGUCCUUUCCCUUUCUACUCUGCCUUCUUUUAUGCCGUAAAUAUUUGAUUCGACCUUCAUUCACUUCCUGCCCUUUGUCGAGCUCGGGACUCAGCUUAUCGUUGCUUGAGCUGAUAUCCGUACUCAGCCAGCACCCCAGUUUUAUAAACGUUUUGAAAGCGUCUUGUAUCUCGUGCGUCAAGGAUACCUCGAAGGGAGUAAAAAUGCGUGAAUGCAUCUCGGUUCACAUAGGACAAGCCGGGGUUCAGAUCGGAAAUGCGUGUUGGGAAUUGUACUGCCUUGAACAUGGGAUCCAACCCGAUGGUCAGAUGCCGUCGGACAAAACCGCCGGGGUUGGAGACGACUCUUUCAACACGUUCUUCAGUGAAACGGGGGCUGGAAAACACGUCCCGAGAGCUGUCUUUGUUGAUUUGGAACCUACCGUUGUUGAUGAAGUCCGUACGGGAACCUAUCGACAACUUUUCCACCCAGAACAACUCAUUACUGGGAAAGAAGACGCAGCCAACAACUAUGCCCGUGGUCACUACACCAUAGGCAAAGAAAUCGUUGACGUCGUUCUUGACCGCGUUCGAAAGUUGGCUGAUCAAUGCACUGGACUUCAAGGUUUCCUAAUUUUCCACUCCUUUGGAGGUGGUACCGGCUCUGGGUUCACCUCGCUCUUAAUGGAACGACUCUCUGUUGACUAUGGGAAGAAGUCAAAACUCGAGUUUUCCGUUUAUCCAGCCCCUCAGGUGUCCACUGCGGUGGUGGAGCCGUACAACUCCAUCCUUACUACUCACACAACUCUGGAACACUCUGACUGUUCCUUCAUGGUUGAUAACGAAGCAAUUUAUGACAUUUGUCGCCGCAAUCUCGACAUUGAGCGUCCCACUUACACCAACUUGAAUCGGCUCAUUGGGCAGAUUGUGUCAUCCAUUACCGCAUCACUGCGCUUCGACGGAGCUCUGAAUGUUGACUUAACUGAGUUUCAGACCAACUUGGUCCCCUAUCCUCGGAUCCACUUCCCCCUGGCAACUUAUGCCCCUGUAAUAAGUGCCGAGAAAGCGUAUCACGAGCAACUUACCGUAUCCGAAAUUACAAACUCCUGCUUCGAACCAGCCAACCAAAUGGUGAAAUGCGACCCCCGUCACGGAAAAUACAUGGCUUGUUGCAUGUUGUACAGGGGAGACGUCGUCCCGAAAGAUGUCAACGCUGCCAUUGCAUCAAUCAAGACCAAAAGGUCGAUUCAGUUUGUUGAUUGGUGUCCUACUGGUUUCAAGGUUGGAAUCAACUACCAGCCCCCCACCGUCGUGCCAGGCGGUGACUUGGCCAAAGUUCAACGUGCUGUUUGCAUGUUGUCCAACACGACGGCAAUCGCUGAAGCAUGGGCUCGACUUGACCACAAGUUUGACUUGAUGUACGCCAAGCGCGCUUUUGUCCACUGGUAUGUUGGAGAGGGGAUGGAGGAAGGUGAGUUCAGCGAGGCUCGAGAGGAUUUGGCCGCCCUGGAGAAGGACUACGAAGAAGUUGGCGUUGAUUCGAGGGACGAAGCCCAAGGUGGGGAUGAGUACUAAUCCUAGAGCAGGAAAUAAAUAUUUGUAAGAGUUCUGCAAGUGAUCUUCAUUUUUGACCAAUUUUCAUUAUUUAUUCUAUGUCGAGUUGACAUAUUUAUAUUAUCGAUUCCAAAAUAUUCAAAGCUCAGCAGUUCCAUCAUUGCUAUUUUAUUAAUUGUGUGGGGGGUAUUUACAGUAAAUAUUGAAUUAUACUAAUUGACUCGGCUUUGUGUACCUUGCUUAAAAUAAAAUGCGACAAUUCAUGUAAAAAUUA